AUCCCCCAGUAUAAGAAAGGCGUUCAGUGGAUCGGAGAGAUACUGUGGCAUUCUGUGCCCACUACAGAACGGCUGAAAGUAGCCAUCAACCGACUCAUCAGCGACAUCCCUUCCGCUAAGCGGUCCGAAGUGUCGAUGACACUGGCACUGAUGAGAGAUCUGUAUAUACCCAACCCGGACUCCAAUGUGUACGCCACCAAUCUGAUUCGGCAGCAGAAGUUCUUGACUAAAAUGCUCGAGCGAUUAGACAAGGGAGAGGAACAGGCAGUCAUGCAAGCCGUGGCUGGAUAUCGCUACAAAGUGCCCCCACCUCAGCGAUGA